ACCAAUUGUGACGUUUUGUAACCUUUGCCUUACGAAGUGACGUAAUAACCUGUGUGUAGGUCAGGGAGGACGACCAAACAGUGAAGAUUAUCCAUCAAAAUGCUGCGAUCUGCCCUGAAACUAGCGCUCUUACAGCGUUCAGUCGCCGUGUACAGCCUCAAGGAAGGGGUCAGGCCAUCACUAGCCAGUGUGGUACGGCUGAACCAGCAACACUAUGCCUCCACUGCAGCAAAGACACAGGUAAAAGAUGUUGAACCUGAGCCAGAAAAGCCUACAGAACCAAAGGUUGUCCAGGAGAAGGUGGAAGCUGAGGUGGAAGCUGCCCCAGCUGCGGGGACGAAGUCAUUUGGGUUUGGCAUGUUCAUGGGGCAGGUGGCACCAGAACAGGUCUUCCCUUUUCCUGAAGUGCUGAAUGAAGAGCAGAAAGAAUUUCUACAGAUGUUGGUCGACCCUGUCGACAAGUUCUUUGAGGAACAAAACGAUGCUUCCAAGAAUGACAUGAUAGAGAAGGUGGAUGACCCGACUAUGCAGGGGCUGAAGGAGAUGGGGGCCUUUGGUCUGCAGGUGCCACAGGACCUAGGGGGCCUUGGCCUAUCUAACACACAGUAUGCCCGUCUAGUGGAGAUAGUAGGAGAGUAUGACCUGGGUGUGGGGAUCACACUUGGAGCGCAUCAGUCCAUCGGGUUUAAGGGAAUCCUCAUCGCCGGGAACGCUGAGCAAAAGGCCAAGUACCUGCCCAAGCUGGCUACGGGAGAGACGGUCGCCGCUUUCUGUUUAACCGAGCCAGCCAGCGGGUCAGAUGCCAGCUCUAUCAAGACAAGAGCAGUGUUGAGUGAUGACGGAAAGCAUUUUAUUUUGAAUGGAGGCAAGAUCUGGAUCAGCAAUGGUGGGCUAGCUGAGAUCUUCACAGUUUUUGCACAGACCCCAGUGCCUGAUGGGAAGGGUGGCACCAAGGACAAGGUCACAGCGUUCAUUGUGGAAAGGUCGUUUGGAGGUGUCACAAAUGGACCUCCAGAGAAGAAGAUGGGUAUCAAGGCCUCCAACACGGCGGAGGUUUACUUUGAGGAUGUGAAGGUUCCUCUGGAGAACGUUCUGGGGGAGGUCGGCGGUGGGUUUAAGAUCGCCAUGCACAUCCUCAACAACGGCAGGUUCGGCAUGGCGGCCGCGCUGUCUGGGACUAUGAAGGGGGUUAUCAAGAAGGCUUCUGAUCACGCAGCAGCACGUACACAGUUUGGAGAGAAGAUUCACAACUUUGGCGCCAUCCAGGAGAAGUUAGCCAGGAUGGCCAUGGUGCAGUAUGUAACAGAGUCCAUGGCUUACAUGAUCUCCGCUAACAUGGACCAGGGGUCGAAGGACUUCCAGAUCGAGGCUGCCAUCAGUAAGAUCUACGGGUCAGAGGCUGCCUGGUUCGCCACAGACGAGGCCAUACAGAUCCUGGGAGGGAUGGGGUACAUGAGGGACUGCGGAGUGGAGCGGGUAAUGAGGGACCUGCGAAUCUUCCGUAUCUUCGAAGGAACCAAUGAUAUUCUGCGACUUUUUGUUGCCCUCACGGGUAUCCAGUUUGCUGGGAAGAAUCUUCAGGAGUUGCAGCGAGCCCUGAAGAGCCCUCUGAGCAACAUGGGAGUCAUCUCAGCAGCAGCAAGCAAACGUAUCAAGAGAAAGCUGGGUCUGAGCUCGGGCCCGUCCCUGCAGCAGUACGUGGACCCUUCCCUCUCCUCCCAGGCCACACAGGUCUCCAAGGCCAUCGACCAGUUUGGGGGGACUGUGGAGGACGUGCUCGUGAAACACGGCAAGAAAAUCGUCUUGCAACAGUUCCUACUGAAGAGAAUUGCUGAUGCAGCUAUUGACAUCUAUGGCAUGGUGGCUGUGUUGUCCAGGGCUUCUCGCUCCAUCCAGAGAGGAGACAAGUCAGCUGACUACGAGAAGAUGAUCUGCACUGUCUUCUGCAAUGAGGCUUCAGAGAGAGUAACAUCAAACCUGGCUACAGCCACGUCAGGCAAGGCUGACUUCCAGCUGAUGAGAGAUAUCGCUGAGGAGGUAGUGCAGAAAAACCAGGUGGUACAGGACCAUCCGCUCGGCUUCUAAACCAAUAGGAGGCCACCGCUAGGUCACAUGAUCAUAACUUAUCCAAUGGGAAAGUAGUUGAAAGUAGGAAGUGACAAUUUUCUUUGGAUAUCAUAUUUAACUGUGUCAACGCCAUAGCCAUACUGUAUGUUUUGUUUCAUCUGUCAUCUUUGUAUGUUGUCCAAAGAUGAAGAUAAGAAACAUGAAAAACAGAAUUGUACAUAGGUUGUAUUGUCUGCUGCUGGAAUUCAGAACAGAUAUGAAGCUUGAGUUGACUAGUGCAGCCAGAUGAAGUUGUGUACCAAGAUGAGAUUGUAUAAAUGUCAGAGUGCACAAUCUGUGUUUACAUGUAUUUUCAACAGGACCUCUAGUAGAAUUUUUUAGAGAAAAAUGUGUGCCUAUUGAAACCAAAUAAUGGUUUAAAUUUUGCUGGGAACUGGCUUCAAGACAUGGAAAUGCACAGUACUGUACUUAAAACUAGAUGUUAGAUUCAUACUCAGGUCUUUCACCAAAUAUUGUCUUACAAAGAGCAACCUCUACCAAUCCUGUAAUGUUAGAAAAUGGGAAGGACUUUAGUAUAGGGAGGACUUUCAUGUAUAUACAGUGAUAUUGUGCAUGGAAUUAUAUAUAGUUUGUGAAUUGAUUUGUUCAACAGAACAAUGCCACUUCAAUGCAGGUGUUGCCAUCACUUUUAAGUUUAAACUCUUUAUUUUAGCGAGGAGGUAUUGGAAAUGAUUGUGAGAAGGACUAAAUCAAAGAUGUGACAGAAGGUUCAGUCUAUGGAUAUAGAGGCAGGAAAGGAGAAUAUGAAACAAGUUUAAACUGUAAUUCUUCUAAACACAAGAAGUUGGACUCACCCAAAUUUUUGCAAGUCAAGUUUCUAGUGUUUGAAAUAACAGCUUAAAACUUGUAUAAAAUAAUGACUUCUACCAACGCAGAUGAAGUUUCAAGAUAAGAAAGGAGAUUGUAUAUGAAUGGUUUUAUGAAUACAUGAUGCUGAGCAGUGAGCUGUUUCAAACUGUGGGUUAGAUAAGUUUGUACUAUUUCUGUUUUGCUUUAUCCUCAUAGCAUCAAGAAACCAAAGCUGAAUGAAAGAAUCAUAAAAGAUUGAUGUGGGGAAACUAA